AUGCCCCUGCUGCAGGACGAGAACCCCUUGACGUACUUCCUGACGCCUCCUACGCCAAAGCACGAGGAGCUCGAAUUCGAGUUCGACUUCGACGCCGGCAUCGAGGACGCCAGCCACCCCAGAGAGUACGUCCGCAGCAUCAGCCCCUCCACUCUGGAUGGCCUCAAAAAGUACAAGCCAAGAGGAAGCGAGCCCUCGUCUCGGUCCGACUGCGCCAUCCUGGAUGACGAUGAAGACGAUGACGACGAUGAAGACUACAUCCGUCUCCAGCCCAGCCAGCCUCUGCCCUUUGGCUUCGAGACUUACUUUGACCAACCUCGCCAGCCUCUGUCCAAGACACCUGAGGCUCUGCUCUCUCCACCCACGUUUCAUGUCGGCUCUCUCAGCCACCGGCCAUCCAAGCGCUUUGCUCCUCCUCGUCGCCCCUUCCGCGGCCGUUCCCAGACUAUUGCUUUGACGCGGCGGCAUUCGUGGCGUGAGCCAAGCCCUGACGUUUGGUCCAUCGACGAAGAGCCUGAGAAGGAGACCAUGAGCGAGCGGGGCUUGAGCCUCGAGAACCUCGCCGAUGCAUACAAGACACAGCCUAUAGACAUCCCUGCUGCAAAGCCCACAAAGAAGGUCAAGAAGGUCCGGUUCAUCCUCCCCACCAAGGAGUAA